UUUGAACCUGAGCAGUCCUCCCGGGCAGGUUCCGGUUUGAGGAGCCAUUCUGAGCAGCAGCUCAGGAUCCCCAAGACCUGGGCCCUCUGUUUCUAAGGCAACAUCCUGUGGAAUCUGGCUGCCUGCCUCUCCCCUCCCACCGCCCGCCUGCAGGGGAGCCAGGGGGGCGGAGACAGAGCUGCGCGAUCUCGUUAGAAAAACCAGAGCGCCUUGCGCUAGAGACACAGUGCCCGCCUGGUCCCCCGCCUCGCCUCACCUGGACCCGCCUGGCCCCCUGCCUGCCCUCAGCCAUGGCUGUGCAUCCGCUCUCCUGGCUGCUCCGCUUGGCUGUCCUCUGCCAUCUAGCCCUGCUGCUGGCCGGACAGCACCACAGUGUGGACACAUGCAGCGUCAUAUGCAACGCAAUGGCAAUGACCCGGGAGAUCCCCCUGAGACUCCUAAAGAGCUAUCGACGAACGGAACCAUCUUGCCGCACACCUGCCAUCAUCUUUAAGACCAAAGGGGGCAGGGAGCCCUGUGCGGACCCCAAGGAGGACUGGGUGAAGAAAGCCAUGGAGUAUCUGGACCGCAAGGAGGACCUGGACCCCAAGGCCGCUCGCUUGUCUGGCAACAAGACCGACCCCAGGACCUCCCAGGCCACCAGGGGGACGGACCAGUCUCUGGCCUCAGAGCCCAUGGCCACCGCCACCGCCACCACCACCGUCUCCGCCCCCAGCAGGGAGCCAGUGGCCACAGGCAGCUGGGCCCCCACGCCCAAGAACCCCCAGAGGCUGGGCAUCCUCAGCACCCCCGUCACCGAGGCCACCCGGAGGCAGGCGGUGGGGCUGCUGGCCUUCCUCGGCCUCCUCUUCUGCCUGGGGGUGGGCAUGUUCACCUAUCAGAGGCUCCAGGGCUGUCCGCGCAGCGCCGUGGGGGACAUGGUAGAGGGGCUUCGCUACGUCCCCCGGGGCUGCGGCAGCAACUCGUAUGUCCUGGUGCCAGUGUGAGCGGCCCACCUGCCUGUGUCCAGAUGUUCCACUCAAACAGCUGCCGGGGGUCCCCCAUCCUCACUCCUCCUCUCCCCCAAGGGCUUGGCCCGAGCUGGGAUGAUGGAAGCAGGGAGGCAGUACCCCCCAGGGGGGACUGUCCCCAAUUCCUGGCAGACACAGGGGGCCCCUUGGCCAUCCAUGACCUGCUGGAGGCAGAGGGGGUGGCCUCCGAAACUCACCCCAAUGCCCCCUGAGUCGGAGAACUCUUUUGCUGCUGGCCCCUUAAAGGUUCCCUUUGACACCCUCCCAGCCCCAACAAACGAUUAUUUAUUGAUGUCUCAGCCCCUCCGGCCCAUGCCCCUAAGUAGGUACCACGGUCGUCCCUCCCACAAAUGCGCCUCGGCCAGGCCCUUCUGCACACUCCCUCCGACCUCAUCGCGUCUUGUGGUCCCGCUGCAGUCACCAGUCACCCGGCGGCCUGCGGUGCCAGCCCCCCACCCCCUGUACAGAGCCCACGCCCCAGCCGGGACCUGUCUUUUCCUGCAUGAGGCGGGCGUGGUGUCUGCUGGCGCGGCUCUCAGCGAAGGCUCAGCCGAGUUAGGCUCCGUGGGAACUGGAGACGAAGUCGCCUGGCUGUUUAGACUGCUUCCCUCCUCCGUCUGUGCUGAGCAGGGGGGGGACAUGGACUCUGAACGUGAGGCCCGGGUUCUAGGCCCAGGCCCACCACCAACCUGACGAGGCAUCCGGCCCUUGGCUUCCCCUCUGUGAAAGGACACGAGGACUGCAAAUAUGUGGCAAUGACCUGUACCCCGACGGGCAUCCCUACGUGGCCCAGAGACCCUGCCCCCAGAUCCUGGGUACAGCUUCACCGUCUGCCAUCAACAGGCUAAGUCUCCACCAGCCAGGGAGGCAGGCACUGCCCUGUGACCCAGAGGGCCCGGCAGCCCAGCCCUGCCUGUUGGAGGGAGUCGGCACUGUGGGCCCCAGAGUGGGGGCUGGGCUGCGGUACUUGGGGGGGCAGAGACCAAUCUUAAAGGCCCCUUCCUGACUUGGAGAACAGCCCCUUUCUGUGUCCACCAGGAGUACAGGAACACUGAGAUGGCCCUGGUGACAUGUGCAGGCUCUGGGGAAGGCUGAGGCACUGCCUGGGGGAUGGGGGGGCGGGGGCAGGGCAGGGUCCAGGAAGAAACUGCAGGGAGCAGACACACUCCCUGUUAGGGACUCGAGUCCAGCUUUUGGUCUUUCUACCUGCAGCCCAGGCUCCCCAGCCACCUCUCUGGCUCCCUGUCCGCACGCUAUCUCCUCCCCUCACCUUUGCCCCCACGGCAGGCAGGGCCAGGAAUGUCCAUGACGUUUCCCACGAGCUCAGAAUCCACUGCUGACACCCGCGGUCCCGUGUUUAUUCUGAAAGGAACUCUGCCCUGUGGGGAGGGACCCAGGAGGGGAGAGAAUUGUGUGUGCGGGUGGCGGGUGGGGAGGGGGUUAAGGGGUUCCUUUUGGCCGCUGAGGAUGCAGGCAGGCCUGGGUGAGGCUGGCAGCUGUGGCUGGCCAGCACCCCACCCAGAGCUGGACCUGCAGCCCGCCCCCCUCCUCAGGGUCCCUGAUGGCAGCCCCCUACCUCCCUCUGAUUGUCCCCAAGACUGACCCUUGCCCUCCACCUGAGAAGCCUCCCAGGGGUGGGGCUCCCUCCAGGUACAGGUGACACAUCCCUUUACAGGCGGAUGCUCAGAGGGAGCAGGCAGAGCUCUGGUCCCUAAAGGGAGGGCCGGGCCCGCCCGCACCCCCCUGCUGGACAUGGCACCCCCUGAUGGGGCCUGGCUUGAGUCGGGGGCACUUUUGGGAAAACAGCAGGUCUGAAUGCACUUUUACAGGAUCCUCCCAGCUGGGAGC